UGCCCCACCACCAUCACCACCAGGAACGCACGCUCAAGCAGAACGUCCAGAGACUCCCCACCUCGUCCUCCUUAGCCAGUCUUGACUUUUUGUUCUAUCCCUUCCCCUAUUAGAGUAACAGUAGCUCGAGGUACCACCAAGGGCUCUCAUUGAAUGACCAAGCCCCGUUACGAGCUGAGCGCCAUUUCUCGUAACGUCUUCGCACUUCCGUCCCAUUUUUUAGUAAUUCGCUGAGCGCCCACCGCGUGCCAGACCCUUAGCAACUCAAGCACCUAUAUUAUUCCUCCCUCGGAUCGGUCCAGGAAGCCAUGGGUAAAGGAGGGGGCUGCUUUCCCAGCAAGGGCAAGAAGGCUAAAGCAGACGCUGCAGUCCCUCCUGCUGAACCUCCUGCAGCCGAGGCAGCAGCAGCAGCUACUGCUGCUGCCACUCCUGCCGAGCCUGCAGCAGCAGCAGCAACCGCAGCAGCCGUAGUCGCAGACGCACCAGCAGCAGCAGCAGAGCCGGCAGCAAGCGCUGCUGAGCCUGCUGGUGCCGCCAGUGGCGACGCAGCUAAGGAGGCUGAGGCGAAGGCUCCGGAAGGGACUACCCCGGAAACCACCCAGCCUGCAGCUCCGGCGGAAGAAGAAACUCCCGCUGUCGCCGCUGCGGCGGACGUCACUGCUCCGGUAGAGGCAGCUCCGAUUGAAGCAACGACCGCCGAGCCGGCUGCGGCUGCAGGAGAGCCAGCUGAUGCCGCCGCCGCUACAGAGGCAGCCGCGACCGAGGCAGCCGUGACUCCCAGCGACACGCCAGCGGCUGCUGGCGGGGAUGCUCCCACGGCUGUAGCUGCAGCCGAGGCAGCCGCACCCGGAGAAACUCCCGCAGCGCAACUCGAGCCUGUCGCCGAGCCUGUUUCCGAGGCUCCAGGCUCCUCCGUUACACCAGCCGCCGAGCCUGUCCCUGAGGCGACUCCUGAGAGCGGAUCUUCCAGCGCCCUUGAAGUAGCCGCGGAAACUCCAGUGGCGGAAGCUGCUGCUGCGCCGGCGGCGGCGGCGGCGACGGCGGAGGCGGCGGAGGCGGUGGAAGAGGGCGGCAAGGGCGAAGCGAAGGCGGCAGAGGAGGCGGCGGCAGCGGAGGAGACAGCCCAUGCGGAAGUUGUGCCCCCGCCGUCGGACACCGUCAAGGUCUACAUUGUCUUCUACUCGAUGUACGGGCACGUCCUGACCAUGGCGCACAAGGUGAAGGAGGGCGUCGACAGCGUCGACGGCGCGCAGGGCUUCCUCUUCCAGGUGCCCGAGACCCUCCCCGAUUCCGUUCUCGCGAAGAUGGGCGCGCCCGCGAAGCCGCUGGACAUCCCCGAGAUCACGCCCAAGGCGCUCUUCGAGGCGGACGCCAUCAUCUUCGGCUUCCCCACGCGCUUCGGCAUGAUGUGCGCGCAGAUGAAGCAGUUUCUGGAUGCCACCGGCAGCCUCUGGCGCUCGCAGGCGCUCUCGGGGAAGCCCGCGGGGUUCUUCUUUAGCACGGGCACGCAGGGCGGCGGGCAGGAGACCACUGCUCUGACGGCCAUCAGCCAGCUGGCGCACCAUGGGAUGCUGUACGUGCCGGUGGGGUACACGUACCAGGGGCUGUUCAACCCUGAGGUGCACGGUGGGUCGCCCUACGGCGCGGGCACGUACGUGGCGGAUGGCAGCCGCAACCCCAGCGAGCUGGAGCUGGACAUGGCGGCGCACCAGGGCCGCCUCACCGCCAUUGUGGGCGCCAAGCUCAAGAAGGGCGCGCUGGCAACGGAGGACGAUGCGGACGAGGGCAACUGAGGGGGAGGGUGCGGAGUGGGCGGAUGAGAGGGGGUGACUGAAGGGGUGCAAGAGCUGGGCAUAAAAUGGUUGUGGGAGGGAAAUAUUUUGUUAUGCUUUACUUGAUGGGUUUGGUGAUGAUUAGGAGGGUAGGGAAUCUGGGUGGUUUGGCAUCACAUGCAGUGUGUGCCCUGAUGCAAUCUGCGAACCUGGGGGUGGCUUUGGUGAGCGUGGUUGCCCGAACAAGGCUGCUAGGGAAGAAAAUAGCAAGAUUUCCAGGUAGCUUAGGCUAGAAUUGUGCCCCUUGGUUGGUUGUGUGAUUUAGUUAUUUUUGUUGGUGCUAACCUCUUUGCUCUAGUCAAUGCUCAUCUCCUAUGUUAU